UAUUAAACUUCAAGGUGGUCCUCAUUAGUAAGUCGCUUUGGAUAAAAGCGUCUGCUAAAUGAAUAAAUGUAAAUGUAAAUGUAAAUGGUACUAUAUUCACGUGAUGUCACGGCAUCACAUGUAAGUAUGUUUUGGUACCAGCAAGUGGCACUGCAUCAGCACAAAACUAGAACAGUCACCACUUCUGGUUUAAAAUGACUGCAGGAGAAAUUUAAAACUUGCUAAUUACACCCAAUUAAUUACUGCAUAGUUAAUAGUGACCUCCUACUAAAUUAUUUACUGAGUAAUUAAAUAGUAAUUCUUAGUAUUUUAUAAGAAUAAGAUAGUUGUUAACAAAGAACUACCCAUUUGUUCCCGCUUAGUUCCUGGAUAUUUAUCUAUGAAUAGUUGAACAGUACUGUAAAGUUUUACUUCAUUUAAUAGUUUAUAAUGUGUUUUAUUGUUUAAAUGUUCUAUUGUAACUUUAUUCAGUGUAUUAUAUUCUGUAGAUUUUUGCUAAUUUUGCAGUUAAAUGUAAAAACUAAAAUUUUUACUAAACUUAUUUAAACAAACACGCAUAUUUCCAAGCUUAGGUUUAGGUCUUAAAGGGUUAAAGAAUAGAUCACAGAAACAGACAAAUCCUCAUGCAAAUGUGUGUUUGUAUGUGUGUGCAUCAACCUGCUUUUUCCUUUUGCUCUUUCUUUUCUUGCCAUAUAUUACAUGGAGAAAUCACUGCCGAUAUUUACCCAAUAGUUACAAUGUUUUUGAUAUGUUUCCUGUAGGUAAAAUACUUCCACUUUCCCGUAAUUUGUGCGACUAAUUUGAUUCUUCAUCUGAAACACUUCUUCAUUUCUGCCACCAGCUGAGAGCACAAGUUGUCUGACCUGAGAACUGAGAUCAAGUGAUUAAGGAGCAUCAAAACAAACACUGGUGUCUCUCUGCAUUCUGUGAUCCAGUGUGGCCUCUCAAGCUGCCAGUCUGGUCUUUAAGAAGUUCAGCCAUUAAUAAUGUCAUCACAAGCAGAACAUGAAUACCUCUGUUUUGUCACCUGGAACACAAAUGGUAUAAAAGGUAAAAAAACUUCAAAGUCAUCGGCAAAGAUUUCAAAACUGUUGAACAGCCUCAGUAACCUUCAGGCUGAUAUUGUCUUUAUGCAAGAGACACAUGUUGGACCCAAGUGUUACCAAAUCUUCGAGAAAGUUGAAAAGGAAAACUGGCAUGUAUUCUUCACUGUAUACAGCCCUAAAAGCAAAGGAGUUGCAAUACUGAUAAAAAAAGACAUACCAUUUGAGUACAUAUGCCAUGAUGAGGAUUGCAGUGGGGGUUACAUUGUGCUCUUCUGUUCUCUGUAUGGUGAACAAUACACUCUUGUAAAUGUGUACAAUCAUAAGGAAGACAGAAUUGUCUUGGGUAGACUGAAAGAGUAUUUGAUAGAGACAACUGUGGGUGUGCUAGUGGUUGGAGGUGAUUUCAACACAGUUUUAGAUCCCAUCUUAGAUCGGAAACCUUCAACUUCAAGGCAUUCACCAUUUAGAGCUAUUUUAGAAGAUUUUGCUGUUUCUCUGAAUCUCAAGGACACCUGGUCAUAUAAAUUCCCAAUUGAGGAGGGCUUCACACGACGUCAAAAGAAGAGUUACUCCAGAUUAGACAUGUUUUUCAUGCCGGAGGACAAAAUGAAACGGGUGUAUGACAUUACUCCUCGUGAACAAGACAUUUCUGAUCAUUAUCCUCUUGUCCUAAAACUCACCGUUCAUAAGCAAACCCCAAAUGUUGCCAAACGGUUGGAGGAACAUAAAUUCAAUUCUGACGUGACAGCAGGGAAGAUUAGUGGAGCAGAAAUAUUGAGUGUGAUCAAGUCUUUGACUAACUCAGAAGAACACAGACUUGAUGAAUUGGAAGUAUGCAACUAUAAAUGGUUACAAUGUUCAAUUACGGGAAUCUUAAAGAUACGCUUCAACAACAUGUUAAUGAACAAAUGUCUAGAUACAUCUUUUGAUGAGUCUUAUUGUUCAGGAGACAGACACAUCUUCAAUGUGAACUAUUUGAUAUUCACUCAAAUUUUGGCCAAGCGCCUUGAUGCAUUCAUUACCCCUUCUUUCAAGGGGAAGAUAGAAAAAAAUCUUCACACUGUAUUCAGCGUGACCUUUGAGACAGGUGAACAAGAAAUCAAGUGGUCUUUCCUGUUAGACACCCUCAACAAUCUAAAACAGAUCCCCUCCACCCCCCCACCAGACUUCGACAUUCUAGACUGCAUUCUUCCUAGCGUCCAAAGCUCUAGAGAACUCAAACGUUUGCGACUUGGCUGUCCUCUCACCAACACUAUCUUAAAUCUGGCUAUAAAGCACCUAGCAGAUCAGAUUUUUCAAUUUAGAUACAAGUGUAAGGAGGACAGACACUUAAGUGAUACGUGUCAUAAGCGCAACUGUAAGGAGAUCAUAUCUAUGGCCACUGUUUGCUAUCAAAGACGAGUUCUGCUCAUACAUACAAAAUUAAAAGAGCAUGAACUGAAUGGUUUCAAAGAUCAAGUGAAAAAUUCAGGGCUUAAAUAUAGACUUAAACAAAACACAACAUUCUGAGCAGAACACAGAGGACUGUCCAGUAUACAAUAUAAGACCAUUAUUAAAACAUAUACAUUCAUUAGUCAACUUUUUUGCAAACUCAAACUGAUGUCAAAUUCACAAGCAAAUAUUUUUUACAGAACUUUUUUAUACUCAGCUUUAUUAUUCCUACAUUUAAACACAGAAUUCGCACUGUUUUUUUGGCUCUUCGCUGCUGUAAUUAAGUAAAUUUUGGUGUGGUACAUGUGACACUGCCUCCUAGAGGAGUAUGUUGCUUAUGUUACAUGCAAGUAUUGAUACUUUACCAUGUGCAAGCAUUAGCAUGACUUGCAGAGAUGGGCUCGCCAAAGAAUAAAUCAGCCUUUAAUGAUUAAAAAAAAAUUCCAGAAAUUUGAGUUUUAUCAAAUAAAUAAGACAAAAGGAUGUUAAAAAGUCUGU